CAGUUUCAGACCCGCAGCUCACGACCGUCCUCAAGCUCGCACCGGCUCUCAGUUCACGCCCCGUACAGAUCCACCACGGACCAGUCCGCAGCUCACCACCAUCCUCUCCCAGCUCCGACGACGUCCCCGACGAGCAGAUCUCCUCCACGCGAACCAGCCAUCUCCGGCGACUUCUGCCGGCAAGUAACUCGUCUCCUGUCGCGCGGGUCCAGCAGUGAACAAGCCACGAUGAGCCCAGCAGCACUCUCGGCCAUUCCUAGCUCACCCGUGCGCCCGAGCUCGGAUUUUUGCACCGGACCCGACCCGAGUGGUCAAAACCACCCGGACAGCACCCCAACUCCUCAGAUCCGUGACUCUCGGCCCAUAAACCGAGCCCAUAGCCUAGAUCGAGUACACCCGAGCACAACCGGGUCGUGUCCUAGCCAUUUUGAUUUUUUCGACUUCCGAUUUGACCCUUCGAGAGAUAGAUCUGAGCACAAUGCGUGCAUUAGCACGUAUCCAGAGCCCAUACUGAUGUUCCACACACUUGUCCCACUUUCGCCCUAUCAUUGGGGCAAAGCCACCGAGUGCAUGCCCGUGCACCGAGUCCGAUCGAGCCGCGCCCCUGCGCUCUGCCCAACGCCCAUGCGUCCGUCAAUCCUACCAGUCAACGCACCGAUUCCGUUAGCCGCGGCCCAAGCACGCCCCUGCGUCAGCGGCCGUGGCACCAUUCAAAGUUGUACGUCGCAGUACAAUAAGGCUACUAACGUAAGACGGUUGUGUUUUCGCUGCAAACAACCUUACAGCCCGAUGCAUGAUUGCCCUCAAAAAUCAUUACGCGCUCUCAUCGCAGCAGAAGACGAGAUCAUUGAUAUCAUCUCCGACUUUGGACUAGAAGAAUCCCAACAACAUCAAGCAGAAACCAGUGAAGCUCAGCUCCAUUUUCUAGAUCUACCUUUGAUGGCGAUAGGUGGAAUAGAUGGACCACGGACAAUGAAAUUUUCAGGUCAUGUGUACGGUGAACUAGUGACUAUUAUGGUAGAUAGUGGGGCAAGCCACAACUUCAUCUCAACCAAACUUGCUCAGAAAAUUCCCCAACCAAUGGAGCAGACAGUCCGCUUUGGGGUUCGCUUAGGAGAUGGCAGUCGAGCAACUUUAACAGGGAAGUAUAGCAAUUUACCAAUUCAACUUCAAUCAAUCACGAUGUCAUUAGAUUGCUAUAUAUUUCCUCUUGGAGGUAUUGACAUCAUUCUCGGCGUGGCAUGGCUCCAAACAUUAGGCGAUAUCAAAGCGAACUGGACAAAAAUGAGUAUUGAAUUUUUGCGGGAUAAUGAAGAGAUUUGUCUGUUAGGGGACCCAUUAUUGUCACGUGCCCCUAUCUCUUUGAGCUCAUUGCAACAGAUGGACGAUGACAUCGAUUACUGCCUCUUGCUCUGGCAGAUUACAUCAUCAACAGAAACAC